GCCGCUUUCGUCAGAUUGAAGUGCUUACUACUGUGGCCAAUGCAUUCUCUUCCUUGUACUCUCAAGUUUCUGGCACUCCCUUGCAGAAAAUUGGGAGCAUGAAUUCAAUCUCUUCCAGUAAAGAGGCAUCCAGCCCACCUCCUCUAACACGAAGUAACACAGCAAAUCGUUUGAUGAAGACUCUGUCUAAACUCAAUCUCUAUGGGAACCCUCAAGCGGGAGAUGGCAGCAGCAGUCUAUCUACUGAGAAGGGCAAAUCUGAAAAUGGGAGUGAAGAACCAGAAGUGAAAACUCCAAAACACUUCAAAGCAUCUUUGUUGGCAACAGUAAAAGAAGAAGCACCUUGCAAUCAGUCCAGCCUACUAGGAGCUCUGGAUUCUUCAGAACUUUCUCCUGGCACUAGCGUUCAACAGGAAACUCAAGGUUAUUCUAUUUCUUAUGAAGAUAAGCAAAAUAAUAACUCUUUUGGACGUUCAGGUGGAUUUCAUGAAAAGAUUGCUGCUAUGAACUCUUCUACUCUCGUAGGUGAUACUCUGGAGUCAACUAGUUCUGAACAUCUAGAUAUCAGGGCAAUUCAAAUACCUGCAACUUCAGUGGCUGAUAAAGAGGCCUCUCUUCCACUAACCAUUCCGUCUAUUGCCAGCCUCAUGCUGCAGCAGAAGGACUCCUUUGAGAUGGAGGAGAUUCAAAGCACAGAGGGAGAGAUUCCACACGCUUCUAACGCAAGUCAGCGGGCUUUAAUCAAAACAAAAAAAGAUCAGCUCUUACGAUCAGCAAGUCAGCAUUCUGACAGCAGCGGCUUUGCAGAAGAUUCUUCCACUGACUGCUUUUUGCUCAAUCAACUGCAGGGGCACGACUCGCUGCAAGCCAUGGGAAGCAGCGCUGAUAGCUGUGACAGUGAGAACACUGUGAAAUCCUAUAGCGAAGAACUCAAGACGCCAGUUGCUGAGCCAGAGUGCUGUUUCAGCGAGCUUGAUGAGAAAUUCCUCCUCUUGGAAGUGAAGCAACAGGGGAAAGAGGUGGUAUCUGAGGUGGGUGGAAGAGGCCAGGACAUGUUGGAACGUCAAGAUGGACUCUCUUCAAGUGGCAAAAAGGAAGAGUUUGAGAGAGCUGGCUUAGAAAGAAGAAAUGAAGUUUCUUCAGUCCGUGAAGCAGAAUCUGAAGCAUUGGAUGAAAGCAGCGAAGAGAGUGAUGUGGAUAAGAGCAGUGAAUGCGAGUUCCCUGCCUAUAAAACUCACCAUGUUCUCAAAUCGCUAUCAUCUCUAGAAAGUAGCUGUUCCUCUCCUUCUUCUGUGGAGCUGGUUAAUGUUGCUUUACAAAGAGCCCAGAGAAAGGACAGUGUGCCUUCCAAUCCCAGAACAGGUCGCCCCCUGCUCAAAUCAAAAGACCUUCUUUUUAAGAAUAGGCAUCACGUCUCAGAAUUGGGUUAUCCUCUGAGACGCUCCCAGUCCCUCCCAACUACACUUCUCAACCCGGUGCGAGUUGUCUCCUCGGUGAAUCUCCAGCUAAAUCCAGGCAAGAAAAUGGUGUGUGGCCCUCCUUCUUUCACAUACAAGUAUGACAGAGAAGAUGAUCCUGAGAAAGAGAAUACCCCAGAAGAAACGUCCUUUGGAGACGUUGACAAGAACUCUACUCCUGUAUGUAAAUCUACCCUCCACAUUGCUCCAACACCCAUGAGGAAGGAACCUCCCCAACCCAUUGGAAACAAGGGGCCGGAUGAGUUUGCUCGUAGCAGAAUUCAAAGCUGCCCUUUGCACCUCCCACCAUGCAUGUCUCAGUCAUCGUGUUCUUUGCAUUCUCUCCACUCUGACGUUCCAGACCUGCACUUCCAGGGCCACAUGAGGACAUUUAGUACACACAGCAUCCCAAGCACCCCUGGCUCUUCCUGUGGGGGAUUGCCCUCCCCUUUUGGCUGCCCUCAUAUGUUGAGGCACGUUGGACAUCCCCACCGGGUUCAUUCCAUAAACUCCCCCUCCACUGUUGAAAUGCAGCUGAGACGAGUGUUGCAUGAAAUCAGAAACUCUUUGCAAAACCUUUCACAGAACACUAUGAUGAGAACUCAUGACUUCACUGGAGCUUCUUACAGUACUCAGAGAUCAUCCAUUCUACCUCUCUAUGAAAACACUUUCCAAGAUCUUCAAGUGGUGAGAAGGAACCUAAACCUCUUUAGAACUCAAAUGAUGGAUUUAGAAUUGGCCAUGUUGCGCCAGCAGACAGCUGUUUAUCAACAUAUGACCGAAGAAGAGAGGUAUGAAGCUGACCAGCUCCAGACUCUGAGGAAAUCGGUUCGAAUGGAGCUUCAGGAGUUAGAAAUGCAGUUAGAGGAACGUCUGCUUGCUCUUGAAGAGCAGCUUAGGAGCAUGCAUGAGUCACCACCUUACAGACAACAAACCUUCAUGGGGAUGUAUGGAAGCAGAAGCAUUGAUAAUUUGUCAUGUCCUUCUCCGUUGAAUGUGAUGGAGCCAGUUUCUGAACUCAUUCGAGAGCAGUCAUCUUUGAAAUCGGAGUUGGGGUUGGGACUGGGCGAACCCGGCGUGCACACUCCUCCGCCUGAAGGCUCGGAAUCUACAUUUGAACCCUGCGCCCAUUCUGAUUCCUCUUCGGUGUGUUCUAGUCAAGCCAGCCGAAAAGCCCGUGGGCGGUCAUCUGAAAGGGGCAGGCCGCCCAGCCAAAAGGUCUACCGGGCAAGCGUAGCCUUGAUGCCCUCUCCCCCAGCAAGAGCAGGAAUUGGGCAGCUGUCAGAGGAGCCCUGGACAUCCAAGUCCACUGUGGAGCAGACACUUGAAAAGUUACCCCUUGGGCCUACAGCUGAGGAAGUGUCCAAGUCUGUGGAGAAUGAGGAACUGCAGCAAGUCAUUCGAGAGAUCAAGGAGUCCAUUGUUGGUGAAAUCAGGCGGGAAAUUGUAAGUGGACUGUUAGCAGCUGUUUCUGCCCCAGGCCUAUCAACUAAUUCUAAGCAAGAAACCCAGCCCUGAAUCGGUACUACAGGGUUAGCCUGUGAUCCAGAGAGCCUUAUGGAUGCCUCCUUUUGGGAUAUGUAGAUGGAUGCAUCUGUCUGCUCUCCUGAUGCCAGAGGAGACUGCUGUUGUAUGCAACAGUGACUUGAGUGCUGCACGUCUUCCCAUUUCAGGUCUAUGUACUAAGAUCAAGGCACUUUUCAUCUUACUGAUGUGCGUGAAUGAUCAAGAGAAUUGUGAUUAUCUUGCAAGCCUUAAUAUUUAUUUGCGUGUUCCUCUUGAGACUUGAAGAUUUCUGGACCUUCCCUGGUUAUAAAUAGCCUAGGAUUGUUAUAGUUUCAAACAACAACAACAAAAGUCCCUGCUGACCUCUGUGAGGUACUUAACUGUGCAAUAACUGUUUCACUUUGAGAGCUUGGGGUAAUCGUUUCCACUGCUGUUAUCAAGUGCCACUUAAAAAGAAGAGAAGAAGCUGUUGUACAAAUGAAUGCUUGGGAGAAGCUGCCGUUUGCAGAGAGUUUAGAAAAUUACAUGAAUUUACUUAAAACUACUGCAGAUGCUUACACUGAAAGCCUUAUCUUUGUAUAGUAGAUAACUUUUUUAAAAAAAGAUUUAUAUAUUUUUCUGCUUUCUUUAUCCUUCCCUUUUUUCUUGGGAUAUUUUUUUUUAACUUAAUGUAUGAACUACUCUGCAAUUAUAUUAAGAGGUGGUUUUUAGCCAUUUCCUCUGCCUGUUAAAACAAGUCUGGGGAAAAAAACACUAGUUUAAAAGGCAAAGCAAGUGGCAUAUAACAACAUGGGCUUAGCAUUAGACUGCUGUUAUGGGGAAAUUUUUCACUCAUUUUUCUGCAGCCUAAAGAAAAUGACAUUCACCACAUCCAAUAAAAAUGGAAGCAGGUGUGAUUCUUAAUAUAUAGUUUAAUACAGUAAUGCUCAAAAGUUGGAAUAUAGCCAUGUCUUAAAUGCUAAUCAAACUACCUUACAUGUUUUUUUUUAAAAAAAUGUUUUCAGCUAACAAAAUUAAGAUUCUGUUAAAUAAUCAGUGACUCAUAAACAUGUAACAAUGUUGGGAGAAGUAUGUCAAAAAACUGCAUUGGGAAUAUACACCCAAGGGCUAAAUCCUUUUUAAAAAGGCUAUUGUGCCAAUAAAAAUAUUUAUUUUGCC